AGGACGUGGUGCUGUUGCUCCCGGCUCAGGGCCCUGGGCGGGCUGCUGCUGCCUGCCGCCGCUUGUGCGCCUUGGUGGGGGCCGGUAGCGCGGCUCCCAUUAUGGUCAGCCAUGGCGUGGCUGCCGGGCGGGCUGGCCGAGCUGCGCUGGUGCGCUCUGGUCGCCCUCUUCGUGGCGGCGCUGGCCACUCUGGCCGUCUACCUGGUGCAGUACGUGCUGCUGGCCCUGCGGCGAGGUCGGCCGCCGCCUCCGCCGCUGCCGUCGCCUCCACCGCGGCAGGACGAGCUGCAGGAGGAGGGCAGCUCGGUGCUGUCCUGGGCACUGUCGCUGGGCAGCUGGCGGCGGCAGUGGCGGCGGGCCUGGGUGGCGGCGCUCAGCGCCGAGGCGGCUGCAAGGGCGGAUUCACAGUUGCUUACAUUUGAGGAAGAUGACCCACCAGAACCACUUGAGCUAGAAGUUAAGCAAGUUGUUAGUAUUGUAAAGUCAGCUCAAGAAAAGGUGGUUUCUUGCAAUGUUGUGGGAGAUUCCGUUAAAUUUGUAUUCACUGUCUCACCCGCUUCAUCCACGGCUGCAGAAGGUCAGUCAUACAGCGUGAAACUCUCUCCACUUCACUUGCAGCUUCAGCUCUACGUGAAAGAUGGAGGAGAAGAUGUCAAAGUUGACUGGCUCCUCAUUAAUGCCAAUGAAACGAACUUUGAGAUCCAGCCACUGCAGGAGGGACAGACAGCAGGGCCACGUGCAAUAUCUGAAACACUCAGAGAUGUUUUGAUCAACCUCUUUAGCUCAGUUUCUCCAUCUGUAGUGUUGAGUACGAAGCCUGCAGAUAUAAAGGAGGUUCAGAAUGUACAGAAUGUAAGCCUUCUCCCUCAGGGCACUAGUCCUCCUAAGCCUCCAAGGGCUCAUGAACUCAAACUGCUAGUGAAGAACAUCGCGGUAAACCUAACUGAUCACAGUGCUGCAGGCAGCACAAACCUGGUGUGUAUAGUUCAGCUGAAUGACCCUAUGCAGAAGUUUUCCAGCUCUGUAGCCAAAAAUGCUGCAAAUCCCUUUUGGAAGGAAGAGUUUAUCUUUGAACUAAGUGCCAAAUCAAAAUCAUUGCAACUGCAAAUAGCAGAAGAUGGAAAGUUGGAUAGUCCUUUAUCCACAAAAGUGACUGUACCCCUAGAUCUGUUCAGGAAACAACCUUCUGGCCAGCAAUGUUUUGCACUGAACAGCAGGGCUAGCGAAGGCAGCCCAGAGCCAGGGCCUGGGCUGGGAUCCAUUAGUGCAGAGUUCUCCUUUAUAGAACCCAAUGAAUUGAAAACAUGGCAAGUACCUUCUCCAGUGCUGGCCACUAAAAUAGAAAAGGAUCGCACUGUGAUGCCCUGUGGGACUGUGGUCACUACUGUAACUGCUGUGAAAACCAAACCUCGUCUAGAAGGGAGAUCAUCCCCAUUGAGCACAGAUUCUCCUGUGAAAACUCCAGUUAAAGUAAAAGUGAUUGAAAAGGAUUUCUCUAUUCAAGCUAUCCAUCCUCAUGGUGCUCCAGUCAGCAAAACUUUAUCAUCUUCAGAUACAGAGCUGCUGGUACUGAAUGGUACCGAUCCUGUUGCAGAAGCAGCCAUUCGGCAAUUAAGUGAGUCUGCAAAACAGAAACUGAAGUCUCCUAGAAAGAAAAGCACCAUUAUCAUAUCAGGGGUGUCCAAGACUUCCUUAUCUCAGGACAGUGAAACUGCACUGAUGAUGGACUAUGCUGCAGCCAUGGACAGCUCCUGCAAGCAAGUAGAUCCACCCACUGCAGGGGAAGGUGUUGCAAAAGUCACCUCUGAUGAAAAGCUAUCGUUAGGUGCUUCAGAAAUAGUGCCCAAAACUGAUCCACAGCAAAGUGCCCAUAAGGCUUGGGAUUUGGAGAACAGCAGCCAGCAGUGGGACACCAACACACUCUUAGACCAAACCUGUGAAGAAAUAUCUGGAAGCUCAUUAAGUGUUUCAGAAACUGGGAGCAUGAAAAAAUCUAAAGGUUCGAUUCUGAAGAAAAGCGCAAAGCUCUUUUUCCGCCGGCGACAUCACCAGAAGGAUCCUGGGAUGAGUCAGUCGCACAACGAUCUCGUCUACCUGCAGCAGCCACUGUCGGAGGAAGCACGCAAGAAGGGAGGCACGCUUUCACGUAUUCUGAACAGAAAGCUCCUUUCCAAAAACAAAAGCAAGAACAAACUGAACGGUGGUUCAACAGAACCAUUCGUACAAGACUGAACACUCUGAUGGGAUACUUGCACAUCAGUUGAUCAUUUGUUUACACAGCAGUACUAGAGGACACAUAUAUGGCUGGUGACUUGCAUAAAACUUGUUCACUAAUGCAGUGGUCCAGGAACAAACAGAAAGCUUAUCUUUUUUUUUUGUUUAUUUUACCAGAAGACUUUUUCUCUCUGAUCAUAAAGUUGCUCCUCCAAAUACAAGCAGUGCUAGUUGUAUCAUGACAGCUUUUGGAAGAUCAUGUGGUUUGUUAUAGAAGAUGGGGGAUUAUGGGGAAUGGUGCACGUGGGGAGGACCUGCAUGUAAGCACCUAGUUUACAUUAAUGGGGAGCUAAGAACUGAAACACCAUACCUGCUGUAUGACUGAACCACUGUAAAGAGAGAAGAUACCACUGUGUUUCCUUACUGCAGCCUGGAAUAGUAGCAACACAAGUCUCACCUUGUUUUUCUAGUCAGGCUGAAAGGGAAAAGAGAGACCCAGAUCCAGUUUGCAUUCUAAUUUGGAAACGGGUAAGUUCUCAGAAGCAGAACUAAAAUGCUGAUUAAGAUAGCCUACUGUAAUAACUGUAGCCUGCUGUAAUAACUGCUCGAUCCAUGUAGGUGGAGAGAUGCCUUUGAUAUUAGCCAUAAAUCAAUAAAUUAUGCAAAUACUUAUACUAGCUUAUUGUUCAAUGUGUUGUGCAUAAGUUAUGCUUUAAAAAAAAUCAGAACUUUUUUUUAAGUCUGCUUGAGUCUUCUCACAGAGGAAACAUUUACAAAUUCUUAUUUGUAGCUUUUCUUCCCUGGGUGAGAAGCUGCAUUAGUGAUGCAAAAACUUAUGGUAGGAGCUCUAAUUCCUUCUCCCAAGUACUUGUUAGACAAGUAUAUUUAACCAUCGUAUCAAAUGCAAAGCUAGGAGCAAUAAGUGAUGAACAGAGUGUAUUUAACCCUAUAAUGCUUUUCAUUAGACAGCUUAUUUUACUUGCCAAGCACUUACUGAGAUCUUAGAAAACAUAGUUGCGAAGAGAGCUUUUUAAAACAUAGCAACAUUUCCCUUAGUUGGCUUUCAGUUUCUAGAUCUGCCAAUGUUGUCAUGUGCUGAGUGGUUAGUUAGGUGAGGUUUUUUUUUGUUCCUAAUUAAAUAUUGCAGCUGGCUCCUUUAAAUUAAAAGGGAAAACUGAUUAAAGUAAAGGCAUAGUUCUUGUUUGGGCUAUUAAGAAGAGUAAAAUGUCAAUCAGUAUUUCCCACGUACUAUCUUUCAUGCAUACCUGUACUUUUCCAUUAUCUGCAUUCCUACUGAGGACAAAGGACCAAGCCUGUUCCCUCUAGCCAAGAAAAACAUCCAUUCCAUCUAAACUGCCGACAUGAAUGGAUGAUAGAUUUGUGCCUGCUUUGCCAACAGUGAUUUUCCCCCUCCCCCUUUUCCUCCCCUUAAGACAUCCAACACUUCGGCUGAUAUUUGGGCUUUCAACUUAAAUUACUCAUCAAAAAUAAAAAGUCACUGAAGAACAAAAACACAAUUCAAAACUUCUAAUGGGCUCUGCAUUCCUUGGUAAAUAUUUUACAAAGAAUAUAAAUGUAGAGGGAUUUUGGUUUCUGUUUCACCAGAAAAUUUUAGAACAAAUGAACUGUCAAAAUGUUUUAACUGAGCCUUCUGGUUAAAGAUACUGUUUAUGUGUAACCUCCUAAAAUCACUGUGGUAGUACAGCAGUCCAGACUAUCAAAUAGUUGUAUGUUUGAGCAUGCUGCUUAUCACAAAAACACUUGAAGGCAUUUUAAUAUUCUGUAUUUUGAAAAUGGGUUACAAUUGAGUCUUCUAGAGUGUAAUGUGCUUAGAAAUCCCAGUUCAGUAAUACAGGUUUGUCCAGCUUGAAUGUGCUUGAACACAUUUGUUUAUUGUUAACUUAAUACAAAGUAGUUUCUUCACUUCUUUUACAGUGGUUCAUUAUAUGAGCAUUAAAAUAACUGACGUUAUGUUGUCUCAACAUACACUUUUUCCCUUAUCUCUACUAGGAGCUCUUUGCAUGACAGUGACAGGGCAGGGUUGGGGUCAAAUCUCUGCCAUGUUUUUAAUGCUCAGUCUUGCUUGCUGAAGAAGAAAACAGUAACUACUCACUGAGUGCAAGAAAUCAAAGUGAGACUGAGCUCCAUGGGGUAGCACCCCCUUAAACUAAAAAGGUGUGGAACUGGGAGUGUAAAGGGAGCAUAAAACACUACUUGAAGUCUGCUUAAAUUAUUGAACUGGGAUUUUAAUUUAUGGAAGCUUUAUUGUGUACUUUGGAAUGGGGUGGAAAUAACACUGAAUAACUUGCAGAAAUAUAAGAGCAGGGUUUGCUCAUAGCUUACCCUGUGGAACAGAUGCUCACUGAAGCAGUGGUUUUUUUAGUUAAUCUUUCUUAAGGUCUUGGUGAUCGCCUAAGUGCAUGUCUUGAUGGUGGGAACAAAAAUAUUCUACACUGCAAACUGUAUGAAUGUUUGGGCUUGUGUAUACUGAGAGAGAAUGAAUUCUUAAGAUGAGGAAAGCAAGGCAUUUGGGGUAAAAAGGGAAUGUGUUUUCUAACUGCCUUCACUCCUCAGGAAAAUAAACAUCGUUUGGUUUGAUGUUUGAUGUCUA